AUGACGCAUAAAAGCAAUGCAAAACAACAAAAAAUUAGUGACCCCAAGUUCGUUCCAUACGUCACUCUUAAAGCCCCAAAGGAAGCUAUUAUUUCUACACCAGCUCCUUCGUCUUCUUCAACCUUAACUUCUGUCCUUACCAACUUAGAUUUAGAAAUUGUUCAAGAAGUUUUUGAUACGUCAAAACUUUUGGACCCUAAUAUGGAAGAAGACCUAAAAGAUUUUACAGUUGUUACCAAAGCUACUCCCUUUGCAGCUGCUACUCAUAUUAAGUUUACACCCAAAGAAAAGAACAACAGCAAAAUUAUUCUCGCUAUCAAUAAUACUGCCGCAGCCUUACACGUGAUUAUUCCUGAUCUUAAGAUCGACAUUUUCUGUGAUUUCUCCCAAUACAAGGCUGAUAUGCAAUUCAACGAGAAAACUAUCCACGUUACUGAUAUUACACUACAAAUGAAGCCUGCAAAUAUCAAACAAGUUUUUGCCAAAUAUGGAUCUAUUACCAAUUUUAAAAUGACAGUAAGAGGUAUGUGGCAACAUGCCUACAUUACUUACAAAAACCCUAAAUGCAUUGAGCUAUGUCAUUAA